AGAACAUUCGAGGAAAAUAUGGAAAUUGCGCGGAAGAAUUGAACUGAUUCAGAGGUACGCCUUUUUCUUAAAGUUUUCAUACAUAAAUAAUCAGAAUCGGAAUAUUUAUAAGUUCACGUGAAAAUUCGUUAUUGCCUUGAACUUUGGUCUCGUAAACUAUAAAAACCCGAGCUGUUACGUUUUGUAAAUAUUACAAACAUUUUGGCCAGUAUGGCGUAUAUAUGGCGGCGGUGAAUCUUUAUACCUAUAGGAUUAUUGGAGUCCUAACCUCAAUAGUUGGGAUUGUUAUUUAGCAGACGCGUAUUAAUAGCUUACGAAGUAUCCCAGUAAUUUGACAUUGAUUUCAAAAAUAGUAGCUAUGCUACAAUGACAACAAUACAAGCUGUCAAGCGAUGCAAGAGAGUAUUUUUUUAAGGUAUGAUUUAACGUAAAUCAUGGAACCAGUUAGUGUAGAUGUAGUGGAAGUGGCUCAAACUGACAGUUCACCCAAAAAACAAGAAGAUCCUUUUAUUAUAACAACGUCUAAUUGGAAAAUCGCUAAUGACAAAAGUUUCGAUGAUUGUAUCUCCACUGUCUCGUUAUCGCAGGCCCCAGAAAACACCAAUCUUGAAGACGUAGUAUCUUUGGAUACUUGUGUAGCUCUGCAAUCUGAACCUUGUGGAGAAUCAUGCAAGCUAGAAUUCAAGAUUACAAAUAAACAAAAAAUAGCACGCAUUGCUGUUGUCUCUGAAGCAUCUGUUUUGGAAUUUUUUAAGCAGUCUGGGGAAUACGCAACUACUGCUUUUGCAGAGUUUGUUGACGAGUUUCAAGAUCAUGCGGUUUACUUUGCAGAAGCAAAGAUACAGCCUCCAUCCACAGAAGCCAGCAUAAAAUUUACACGCACAAAAAACAAAGGCCCAUCAAUGUGGAUUUAUGGAAUCAAACUUAUUCUAACUGAACCAAUAUCAGAUAUCCCUAAAACUACGUAUGAUUUAGAUAUACUGAAUAGUUUUAUAAUUAAUGGCAAUCAAGAGAAACCUGAAAGGGCCGAGAUGGCAAAGAGGGUUUUAGAGUCCUUUGCUGCAAAUGACCAAGACCUUGUUGGAGAUAUAAAUACAUGUAUGCAGCAGUUUGUAGCAAUGAAUUUUGGCUCGCAUAGGUUUAAAGGCAACAAUAAAAGCAAUGAAGUUAACAAAGUGAACAGUGCACAUAUAAAUACAGAAUGUAUCGGUGAUUCUAAAUCUCAGCAUCCAUUUGAUUUAAAGACUUAUAUAGAUAAUAAAUUUGCUACUUUGGAAAAAAGAUUGAUGGAGAGAAUAGAAGUAAUGGAUCAAAAAAUGAACCAAAAACUCGAUGCAAUUUUUAAAAAAUUUGAACUAAACGUUAUUGACAAAGAAUAAAAUUUAUUGUUUUUUAAAGGUAGCUUUCUUUUUUUAAAUAUUGUGUGUGAAUUAAUGAAUGUGCUAAUUUUUUGAUGUAAAGUAUAAUUUUUUAUAGAUAUAAAAAUAAAUGUUUACAUUGGUUUAAGA